UGGCUAUGUGUGUUUUAGUAAAUAACGAUUGGCAUAAACAGUGACGCUCUUUUUGACUUCACCGACUUUACAAUGUCGUGUUUGUCAAAAAUAGCGAAGUAAUGUUGUGUUUAGUCAAAACAGUCGGACUUGUAGGAUAGACAAGUCAUCAAACAGCCAACGGUAGCAACUUAAUAUGCUUUCAUAUGGACUGUUUGUGGCGUACAAGCGUUUGAUUCCAUGGUAACUUUCUUUUGUGAACAUCCAAGUCCACUCGGAAGACCGGAGGAUAACGUGGUCUUCAUCUUUCAAGUGAUAUUACAUGCUGUGUUCACAAGGCAGACUUCAGUGGGGAAGACAAAUUACCACCCCUCCCGGACCCAUUCCCUGUCAAAGAAAAAGAAAAAAACGACUCUGAGUCCUGUGUGUUCAAACCAGCACGACAGUCCAAAAGUACACAUGUUUGAGAAGCCUCACUGCCAUUUGGACGCCACAGAUGGGCAACCUACUUUUGCAGAGUCUUGGCCCUCCACUGACAGCAGAUCCUCUCCUACUAACACUACAGUAGCCUCAUCUGGCAUAGAGACGGCCAAACAGUCUACAAGAGCAGGGAAAUCCACUGUGUCCUCUGAACUAGGAGUUCAGCAGGAUUCAGUACUGGCAAAAUACAUGGAACGUUUUCGCCACGGUCAGCCACAGAGCCGAGAGGAGCGCCAGCAAAUGUCUUCUGCCGUUGGAGAGGAGCUGCCUUUCUGGUGGAUGUCACCCUCAUCUUUACCCCCCAGUUCAACACCAACUAAAACCACAGAUGCAACCCUGCCUCUAAGAGAUGACCAUAUUCCCUCCAUUUUCAGCCCAGCUGGACAACGUCGACUUGACAGAACACCUUCCCAAUGCAGAGGAGCCCAUAGUAUUUUGUCAGACACCUCACAAGGUGAAUGUGAUGACACAGAGAUAAUACACCUUCAAGAGAGGGCCAGCAGACUUCUGCAGAGAGGUGAAUGUACUCUCAGUGACGGAUCUAUCCCUGUCAGCUCAGAAGGCCUGGCAUGCUCAGAUUUCUCUUCUCCAGUCAGCGUAGAUGAGCCAGUGCGAAGAUUAUGGAUUCCCAGUUUGAUAAAAUAUACUACUGCGAAAGCCAGAUCAGAUUCUGUUCAAGCAGUGUCCUCCCAAAAAUCUCCUGGCUUUCCUUCUUUGGUGCCCCCUGCGCGCCCAGAAGAGGACAUCCUGUUCCAGUGGCGUUUAAGGAGAAAGAUGGAGCAGGCCAGGGAGUGGUCCCAGUCCCAGCAACACUCCAGUCUUCAUGGUUCCACAUUUAGCUGGCAGGGCCCCAGUCUAUGCUAUCCGUCAGCCAAUGGACAGGCUUACAAGCAAACUAUUCAACCUCCUGAACCCUCACAAAGAGCCUCUCACUCACACAUCACUGCUCCCCAGCCAGAAAACAAAGAAGCCCACGGACCCUGUCCACCAGCCUCAGGUCCACCUUCCUUCCCUACCUUUGCUGCCUCUGGCUCUUCAGUCUCUCAGCCUCAUUCUAUUGCCCAUGUUCCUGCCCACAUGCAUUUACUCUGUGAUGUUUUACCCUGUCCCAUCCAGUCAUCUCAUGCUAGCGAGCAGCAAAGAAUUUCACAGAGGUUAGAUGAUUCUCUGCCCAAAGUUGUCCCUAAAAAGACCCCGAACCCUGGAAAGCUAAAAGACACCUCAGCUGAUGAGCCCAUUUGUAAACAUAUUCCAUCCCCACCACCUGCUUCAUCUGGAGCUAUACAAGCAGAGUGGCCUAGUCAUCAUCACAAAAAAACUGAGAGGAAUAAGAAAGAGAAAACUCCAACAAAGGAUUUGGAGAAGAAUGAGAAGAAGACAGCAGUGGCCAUCAGAAAGCAGAAGAAAUUAUCAAGAUGCAUUGUGGAUAGUGAACACGCUGACGGGCCUAGCUCCACAAACAGAAGUUCUUCACAUCAAAGAGUUUCCAAAAAGGUCAUGUCAUGGGCAGAACAGCAUCAACAGGAGUUUCCCAGUGAGAGCUGUACUGGUGAUCAUGCACCACCACCGUCUCCAAUCCAUAGUGCAUUAGGACAGGUUGUUUCAGAGGUAUUGUUCCCUACGGUGGAUUCAUCUCCUGCACAAAGGACUCCUGUCUCGUUGGUUUCUCCUCUGUGCGCAGCCUCCUCCGCACCUCCACAGUCCUCAAUUCCUCCAUGCAAUGCAUACAACUCUAUGGAGGUCAUUUCACAGCUGCUGCAAGAGGCUGAAGAUUCGGAUGAAAAAGAGUUUGAAGAUGACCCUUUACUACAAGUCCUUCGCAAACAGAGAAAAUGGGUGAAGGAGCAGAUCAGUGAAGUGGACUCUUUGUUGGAUGAAUUCCUGGACAAGCAACAAGUUACUUGAACUUUGGCAACAGACACUGGAGGCAGUAGAUUUUUUACUUUAUAAAGACAUAGUUUAUUUUUACUUUUUUGAAGAUAUAUUUCCACAUUAAAAACUUCGGAGUUA